AACCUCGAAGAAAGUUUGAUCGAUAUAAUAAAUUUGUUCCAUUUCUCUUUGUUUCUCCACAAUUCUGUUUACUUUUCAUUUAAUAUAAGAAGGAAACUAUAUGAAUCUUAAGCUAAAUGGAUAUUCAAAUAAACAAUGAGGCUUGUAGUGGUGACGAUUUUAAAGCUCGUAUGAGAAGACUUAAAAUUCAAGAAAGUGUAUUAAUGGCCAACGUAAAAAAAUCUUUAGUGAAAUGUCCAGAUUAUAAGGAAUAUUAUGAACACGGCAAUGAAUUGACAUUUAAAAGGUUUUGUGUUCAUUCAAAAAAUUCUUUUAUUGAAAUUAAAAAUUUGUUUGAAGACAUUAGAAUUAAAACUAACUUGCAAGACUCACCUGACAAAAUCGACAUAGAUGAUUUAAAAAGGGAUAUAACGCAAUUGGAGUCUAAAAUAAAAUCUUUCAAACAGUAUAUACGAAGUGAAUUAAGGACGUUACAGUUCGAGGAAAAUGUUAUUAAGGAAAAGGAUAUUGUCAGCACAGUUAAGGAGAGGAAAUUUAAAAGACAUAAUGGUGUUAAUCUUAAUCAGUUCAAUGAAAUUGUGACGAGUCCUGUACGAGCUAUAAUUAAUUCUCCGUUCAAAUGCUCGGAAGUGCAAGAAUUCCAAGCGUUUAUGAAGAACAGCCAAAACAAAUAUGGCGGAUGGAAUGAAUACAAUCACAACGUAUUCACAAAAAUAUGGAAAAAAUAUUUCAAUGAUCUUUUGAUAACAUCAAAUAAUAUUGAACAGACUUCUACUUUUGACGAUUUUAAAAAUGAAGUUUCGGCUAAAAUACCAGAUUCUAAUCCAAACGAUAUCGUUUCUCAUGGAAAAUGGUAUUCUGAAUAUUUACGUCUUAAAAAACGUCAAGAAGUCGCUCUGAAUCGUUGGAAAGAAAACAAGAAUAAAAUAAAACAACCCUUAAGAGAAAAUAAUAAAUUUGUUACGCCGGAUACCAUAUGCGAUUUAAAAAAUGCAAGGUCUGGACAAAAUUUACCACGAAAAGACAAAAAUCAAGCAUCAUCGAGUUGUGACGAGCAAUUUAGAAGUACAUCCUUCCAAACAGAGUCGAGGCAAUGCGUUUUAAAGAACACAAAAUGUCGUUACAUGAAACCCACACAACAAUGGAUUAAUAGAAGAGAUAGUGCUACAGAAUUGGGUCAACAAAACUAUGAUGUUGAUAAUAUAAACAAAUUACAAAUACCGUCAUGGAGGCUAAGUUUAAAUAAAUACAAUUAAGUUGUAAUAGUGGUUUUCGGGUACCAUCGAUAACAUGUUUGCUUCGAGGUUAUAUGAAGAGUGUAAUAAUGUAAAUAAAUAUACUAACCGACGUAAAUUCUUUUAAAUUUUCUGAAAGUCGUCGUUUAUACUUGUG